AUGGAAAUAGAACUCAUUCAGAAAAAUCGUCUUGGAUGGCUGAUGGUCUCGUUUUUCACUGAUGUGCUUGCUACCUAUGCAUUUGGCCCAACAGAGAUUCCUAACUGUGCUAACGACACAACUAUCAUCAACACUUUGCUCAAAGAUAGCUAUAACAAGCAUUACAUUCCUUCACAUCCUACACAUGUACGAGUGGAUAUGUGGGUGCAAGAGGUAACAGCGGUCUCUGAACUCACUCAAGACUUCGAGAUUGAUCUCUAUAUCAACGAAUUCUGGGAAGAUCCUGCCUUGGUUUUCGACUUCAUGAAUCCGUGCAAGUCGAAUAUUUCGUUCGACGACAAGGUUCUCCAGAAGUUGUGGAUACCAAACACGUGCUUCAUCAACUCGAAAAACGCAGCGAUUCACGAGUCCCCGUUCAAAAAUGUUUUCCUGAUGGUUUUUCGGAGGCACCUAUGGCAAACAUCCGAUGUAAACUCACCCGGACAUAGUCGACAGGAAUCUCAACCGUGUCCAUUCAUCACAAAGGCUUUCUUUCACAUGAAUCGUCAGUUGAGAAUAGCAUUUCCACGUUGUCCUAGAGUUGAUGCGCUCAGUUUAAGAUGUUUUCAGUACAAUUACAACACGGGUGAAGUGCGAAUGCAAUGGAAUCAACCAUAUCCAGUGAUGUUACUGAAACCAAUUCAACUGCCCGACUUCGAGAUGGUCAACUUUAGCGUUAUCGCAGUUGAGCAGAUGUACCCAGCCGGCUGGUGGGACGAGUUGACAGUGGCGUUCGUUUUCAAGAGGCGGUACGGGUGGUACAUUCUGCAGGGAUACAUACCCACUAUGGUCACAAUUGUGAUCUCAUGGAUAUCGUUUUAUUUGGGACCAAGAUCUCUAUAUCAACGAAUUCUGGGAAGAUCCUGCCUUGGUUUUCGACUUCAUGAAUCCGUGCAAGUCGAAUAUUUCGUUCGACGACAAGGUUCUCCAGAAAAUGUUUUCCUGAUGGUUUUCGGAAACGGCACACUAUGGACAAACUAUCGGAUGAAACUCACCGGUCCAUGCGACAUGAACCUCAAGCGUUUUCCAUUCGAUCAGCAGAAGUGCUUCCUCACAUUCGAAUCGUACAAUUACAACACGGGUGAAGUGCGAAUGCAGUGGAAUCAACCAUAUCCAGUGAUGCUACUGAAACCAAUUCAACUGCCAGACUUCGAGAUGGUCAACUUCAGUGUUAUAGCAGUUGAGCAGAUGUACCCAGCCGGCUGGUGGGACGAGUUGACAGUGGCGUUCGUUUUCAAGAGGCGGUACGGGUGGUGA